CCGUUGCUUCUGGCACUCGACGUGUGUAAAUCAAAGGUUACCGCGUGUGGCUUUGUCUGAGUGCCCAGCCACAGUGCUGUGUGUCAGUGUCCCCACAGCUGGCAGCUGCCGCACAGUGCUUUCGACACUACGAACGCGACCGGGAUGAGAUGGAAGAACCGCAACCUCUCAUUUACAACAGACCUGGGCCAUUUCAAUCUCCCUUCGUACAACUCCGCGCCGCCUGACAAUCGCCGUUGGGAACUAUCCGGCAGCGAGCGAGCGAUAUAACCUCCUCUCGACUAUGCGACAACACAACUUUCGAGUAUAGCGAUAGCGACAUGUCGUCGGCCAAGGACCUCGUCGAGUUUCCCGACGUGGAGGCGAAGCUCCAAAAACCUUCCAAGCAAUCCGCCUUCGAGAAACAGAGGGCCGAAGCAGAAGCAAAGAGGGCCCGAGAGGCCGCCGAGACAGCUGCAGUAUACGAGGAUUUCGUCAAGAGCUUUGAUCAUGACGAUGACGACGCCACCGCCAGCACCGGCCGAUUUGGCUCCAUGCCUUCCCAAAGACCCCCUCCGAAGGCUCCUGGCUUUGGUGGCGGCGCACCGCUAGGCGCAGUCGCAGCGUCCAAACGACACUUUGGUGCACCCGCCCUGAAGAGUGGUCCCGGAAGCCUGGGCUUCGUUCCCGGCUCGAAGAGUGGCCCGGGGAGUUUGGGGCCUUCGCUAGGGUCGUUUGGAAGGAAGAGAGCGUUCGAUGCAUUCCGACAAGAGAAAGACAGAGACGGCAGGCUUGGAUUCGAGGAGCGAGAGGAACCCAUGUCGGUCGCUAGAGUAUUCAACCACAGCGACGACGAGGACGAGGGAAACUCUGACUCGAGAGCCGAGGAGAUGGCAGUGGCGAGGCCAACGUUGCGCCUCUCUCAGCUGCCGCCAGGGACGUCACCCGCCUUCAUAAAGUCGUUGAUACCAACAAACCUGACGGUCGAUAACGUCAAAAUCUUGCCCCCUGUGGGCCCCUCUGGCACGGAGAGAAAGUGCGCCGUGGCCAUCGUCACAUUGUCGCAGGACACUGCAGCAACAGACAUCGACGCAGCGGUCAGCUCGCUCCAAAACCGCUACCUUGGCUACGGCUUCAACCUCUCACUACACCGUCACCUUUCCUCAGCUGUGGUGACCGCCGCGGCAUCUACGCUUGGUGGUACGUCUGCCGGAUCGCAGCCUUUUGGCGCCAAACCCGUCUCGCAGCAAACGGCACCGGGCAGCGCGACCACGCAACAUGCUUUCCACCGGGGGUUUGCACCGCCGACUUCUUAUGCCCCCGCCGUUGGAGGACCCAUUAACCGAAGCAGCAUCCUACAUGUACCCGUCAAGCCGCCAAACGACAUCAAGAUGAUCCAGCUCAUCAACAAAACCAUUGAGUCGGUCCUUGAGCACGGGGUCGAGUUCGAGGCGCUGCUGAUGAGCCGCCCCGAGGUUCAGCGCGAGGACAAGUGGGCAUGGAUUUGGAAUGCCCGUAGCGAAGGAGGUAUCUGGUAUCGUUGGCGACUGUGGGAAAUCGUCACAGGGGCCUCUUCUCGCAGUAACAAGGGAAGAUAUUUGCCGCUGUUCGACGGAAGUCACGCUUGGAAGGCUCCGGAAAAGGGCCUGCCAUACGAGUUCGUCACCCGCAUUGACGAGUUCGUGUCGGACUCGGAGUACAACUCCUCAGACGACGAGGACUUUGACGGAGACAAUCGCGAGAACCAAAACCAAGGCCCCGAGGCCGAGGCCACCUUCUUGAACCCUCUCGACAAAGCUAAGCUAACCCACCUCUUGUCUCGCCUACCCUCUACGUUAUCCAAGAUACGGAAGGGAGACAUCGCCCGUGUCACGACCUUUGCUCUCACACACGCAAGCCGGGGCGCUGAAGAGGUCGUCGACAUGAUCGUCUCGAAUGUCGAGAAGCCCUUCGCACUAACGGCGGCCAAUCCUGAGUUCCAGUCUAACACUAAAGAGAAGACCAGACAGGAGGACUAUUCCGAACCACCGUUGCCCGAGUCGGAAGAGAAGGCCGAUAAGGAGGGACUCGACACCAGCGGCCCAAGCCUCGUAGGUCUAUACGUUGUCAGCGACGUGCUGUCGGCGUCGUCUAGCAGUGGCAUGCAGCGCGCCUGGCGGUAUCGACAGAUGUUUGAAGGGGUGCUCAAAGAACGCAAAACCUUUGAGGGUCUUGGCCUGAUGGCGGAGAAACUGAACUGGGGCCGAAUGCGGGCCGAAAAGUGGAAGCGUAGUGUCGGGCUCGUUCUCGGCCUCUGGGAGGGAUGGUGUGUGUUCCCGACGGAUAGUCAGGAGCUGUUCGCCAGCAGUUUCGAUAACCCGCCAUCCUCUAAGACACAGGAGCAAAUCGAAGACGAUGCAGCAAAGAAGGGCAAAUGGAAGCUAGUCGAGGCCUCAACGCCAAGUGUCGAUGUUGCCACCUCCACCACCGCCGGUGCCGCCGCCGCCAUCAGCACCCCUGACAAGACGGCAUCAAAGCGGACGUCGGCUGACAAAAAUGAUGAUGUCGAAGGCGAGCCAAUGGACGAAGAAGACGUCGCUGGCGAACCCAUGGAAGAGGACGACGUCAUGGGUGAACCAAUGAGCGAGGAGGAUGUGGAGGGAGAACCCAUGGCGGACGACGAUGUCGAAGGAGAGCCGAUGGUGGAGGAUGAUGAGAAUGGUGACGCAGGUGAACAAGCGAAGGACCAACCAAUACCAGCCAAGUCCAGCAAGGUGGAGGAAACAGCAGAGGAUGGUGAUACUGGUGAAGCGCAUGCAACCAGGCGGUUACAGCUAUCGACCAAGCCGAAGGCUCAGGCUAGGAAACGGAUGAGAGCGGUGGAUAUGUUUGCUGACUCUGGGGAAUCCGAUGAGGGCAAGUAGCCGCGCGUGGCGGAAUCAGGCGGAGUUGGCCGCCCUCCCUCGAAGAAGACCAAGCCAGGGGCGCGGUGCGGCGCGGCCGCUGAUCGGGUGAUUGAUAAUCUUGCUCACUCAACGAAGACUCGAGGUAUAUGCAGUAAUGGCCAAUGCCUAGAGUUACAAACACAGAUGUCUUGACUGGACGACAGGCGGACAGGGUACAGGUGGAGGGGCCUGGCUUUCGUCCCGCACAUGAAGGACGGUAGGACGACUUUCCAAUAUUGUGUCGCCGAGUGUCGCUCAGGAAGGCGUUGCAUGGAGAUACGUAAGGACAAGUCUCUGUUUUGUGGUGAAGAGAUAUGCCAGCAGCAAUGGCAGCGAACUGACCAUGAUUUUCUUCUUUUCAUCCGGACAUACAUGGCAUCCAACUUUACGGAGCAGAUGGCAGCUUCCUCUACGGCCGAUUAUCACUCUCAAUUGGCGACGUGUUCCACCGGCCGUCGACAAGAGCAUUCAGCAAGACAGAAGAAGUCUCGUGGACCAAGAGCACGCAGCAUUGGAAACGAGAAGCUCAGUUAACAGCCGAUGAGAGUCGGCACAAAAGACCCAAGUUACAUCACAAAUACCCACUUUUUUUUGAACAUUUCCCAUCCAUCUUUUCAAACCCUCGGCAGCACGCUAUUCCUGCACAGCCAUGGAUACGCAUUCUUCGUCAUGUGUGAAGUGGUCUUGGUUGGGGCGUGGUGGUGGGAAAAAACCCCGAGGGAAAAAGGUGGUAACUCUCGUUCGACAACCGUCUCGUUGAAUUUGGUGCCGGAUCCGGCCAAUCAAAACUUGCUCACUUCCCUGGCCUCUCGAGCCUCUGACGGUGGAGUUUUUUCUUCCCUUUCCUUUCUUUCUAACUUGCUCGCUCCCACCCUCCUCCUCCCACGUCUUCUCGUCCCGCCCCCCCCUAUUCACUUCC